AUGCCAGAGCGACCUAGUGGACAGAAGGCAACCAAAAAGGCCGCUCUUGCUGCAAAAGGGAAGUCCAAAGGAUCAAAUUUGGAUGAUGAUGGAAAAUCAAAGGAAUCGGUGAUUGAUGUGGAGAAGCUUGACAAAUUUCGCAAAAUCCAAGAUUAUUUAAAUGCAAACCUCAUGAAGUUGCCUACACCCAUCCUUGUUCACUUCUUCAGUUCACUAGAAUUGAUAUAUCUGUUCAUUUCCACUAGCAGGGAAAAGGAGGAAGCCAUGGUGAGGUGUGUUGGAAAUUCUACCGAUGGCAUGGUACAUAUGCCUAUAGAAAUACCAGUACAGCCCAUUGCGCGUGAGGUGGAGCGGCGGCCUGCCUCAACAGAGGAGCGCAUUGGGCAUGGUGAACACACACGCCAUCGCCACCUGCAGCUGCGCCACCAUCUCCUCCGCGGCGGCCAUGGCGAGGUCACUGUGGCCAAGGAGCAGCACACCGGCGUCGUCCGGUCGGAGAUGCAGUACGAGAAUUGGUGCAUGCUGGCCUGCAUCACGAAGGAGAGCGUGCAGGCCGACCGUCGCGGUGCUGUUGGGGGAGGAGUCAUACGCGGUGGACAUGCAGCCCAACAUGGACCGCAGCGACCGCGCCAACAGGUCCCGGGAGCUGCACUGUGUGGAGCCGUAGGGCACAGCGGUGAAUGUGGCCGAGGCCCUCGGGCGGAACGACUCGACCAUGGCAGCGCCAAGCGCCAAGUUGCGCAGAGCAGCCAGGAGAGCUCGCUGCCGGUGUCGAGCCACGAGAACUCCCUGGUGGAACCGCAGCUUGCUGGGCAGCCGCGGUAG